GCUUUCAAGGGACCAAUGGAGAUCUCUGCCCGGUCAAUUUCCACUCCUGACUGUGAAGUUCCCUCAAGUGGUUCUUCACAAACUUCAUUUAGACCAGGUCCUCUGCGUUUUGGUUCUACUGAAGGUGGGAGUGCAACAAACGCCUACAAGCCUAGCUUCUCCCAAGAUGUCAUGCAAUACCAGAGCAACUCUGCCAGUAGAAGUGUUUCAACUUCCAAUCAAUAUGCCCAAACCUCUGGCCAGAGAAUAGAUGGAGCCUCUACCUCAAGUCGCGGCAUGCCCACUUCUAGCCUGGCCUCUCGCUCCAGUCUUUUUCGCCCCAGCUCUACAGCUAGUGGAAACUCCUAUGGCGCCUACAAGCCUGGCUCUGACCUUGGUGCAACACCAAGCCAAAGCCUGUUUACCUCUAACCAAGGUGGAAGGGGUUCAACAUACAGCCAGAAUCUCCUUGCAAAACCUGCCCAAGGGAAGUACGGACAAAUGUCUGCUCAGUGGGGGAGCUACCAGCCCAGCUAUGCUGCCAGUAGUGGGCCAGUCUCCAGCCUCUUCAGUUCUACCCAGGCUGCCAGUUCUUCAACAUUCAUCCAGAAUGCUCCUGCCACAGCCCAGAAGCCAAGUGGCUCUAAACCUGUCCCCAGUCAACGCUAUCAGCCCAGCUAUUUGUUCAAUGCAGUGAAGUCCAACACUAGCUCUGCCAGACGUCCCACCCAGAGCCUCUUGUCUAGCAGCUAUGGCCCUACCCAGAGCAGGACCAGCAGUGCCAGCUCGAUCAACCCUCGCCGCUUUGCCCUGACCAUGCACAGCAUCCCAGAAUUGUACGGCGGAUCUACAAUCCACCGGCUCAUAGACCCUACUCGGUAGGAGUAGUGCCUCCCCUAGCCACUCAACCCAGCUCUUCAAGUGUCAGCAAGCCACAGCCAAACCACUAUCUGCCAAGCAGAAAGGCCCUAGCACAACCUAAAUUGAGUCCAGAGCUUUAGGGGAGUCCAGAACAUGACGAAGUGGGAUCUGUAGCCACCAGUUGAGGUGCUGUGACCUGGAAGUGUUGUCAGGACUUCUCUACUUCAAUUGUUUUAAAUAAAAUUUACUAAUACAUA